AUGCAAGCGCACAGCGAGGACGAACUUCUGCCGUCAGUCUACUCGCAGCCAAUAUGCACACGAGGCUGGCCCAACAAAGUAUACUCAGAAAAACAAACACGGAGCCCACUCGUAAGGGGCUCGCCAGUGCAAAUCUCAGUUUUCCGCGAGGGACAUGCCGCCUCUUCAGGGCAAGCCGAGGUGGCACCGGCUGAGGGCUCGCGCGCAGCUAGCGUUGGCUCCCUCUCGAGCCAUCGAGCAAGUCCCAACUCUCGUCCAAACUGCGGGAGCACUCAGAUCAGUGGACCAGGAAGCGACAGCGAAGAUGAUUUCGUGGAAUCUAUGCGGCAGAACAUCAGAACCGAGUCAGAGAAGACAGAUAAGAGUGGCUCCAAGCGACAGAGCUCUGCAGCCACCCACAAGCAGCACAAGCGAGUCCGUCGGGAGUCCAGCAGCGACGAAGGUUUAUAUGAUCUCCAGCGAGUGACGCCUGUCGCUGGUCCGUCCUGGCGCACACUGCCCGAGCUCGAUGCUGCUCCGUCCGACGUAAUUGACAGCGAUGACAAGCAUGCCGGCCCUAGCAUCAUGGAGCGUGCCUACAAGCUGACAGCGAAGAAGCGCAAUCAGACGAAAGUCGCCCAUGCACGGCUGAUCAUGACCCGCAAGGAUGCACGCGCCGCUCGCCAGACCAAUCCACUCUACGAUCUGCUCAAGGUCGACAUCCAAUGCUACGAUUUGAGCGACUCUGAUGACGAAUCUGCCAAGCUCAACGGCGGCAAUGGCAAAGCCAUUGAAGCUGCCGACGCACCAGCCUUGGCUGGGACAGAAAUGAACAUCGAUCAGGCAGAAUCGGAAGAUAGCGCGACUGACGAUGAAGACAAUGAACCCAAUCGACACGGACCUUUGGCUCAUGCGCAGUGCUCCGGCCGAGACGAGCUAGACAGCAGCUCAGAAGAGGAUGAAGAGAUACGCAACGCUCGUAUCGAUGAGAUGUCCCACUCAGAAGCAUACUAUCAAGCGUCGCCCGCAAAUCGCAAGUCAAUGCUCGAAUGUGCCAUGAUCAAGCCGAGCAGACUACCGACACUGCCUAGCUUCGUGGGCCCGCAAUCUGGCGAUGAGAGCGAAGAGGAUGAAGAGGUGCGAAUACAGCGCAUUACGAGGAUGAUGGCCAUGGAUCACUACAAGGCUGUUGCCCCGCCAGACACGCGCGAGACCUUGGGUGGAGGAGCGCAGACACAUGAUGCAGGCGUAGAGGCUGAGGCGCAGCGUUCUCUGCUGCAGACCUCGGUUCGCGACGACACGAACAGUCGACUCAUCGAGACGGGUCGGAUAACGCUCAGCGCUGCCUUGACACACAGAAAGCCUGCAAAUUCGUCACAGGGCUUGUCUGCGAGCACGCCAGCCGCUCUUCAAAUUUACCCCCCUUCGGACGAACGCCCUCAACUCGAAAUCACGACGAGAGCGCCGCUAGCGGCUCGCACUUUCAUUCUUGGCCAGACGAAAGACGGCCGCCUAUGCGAGAUACCGGCGAGUAUCAAUCGCUUUCUGCGAAAUUACCAGCGCGAAGGCGCUCAAUCUCUAUUCCGACAUUACAACAAGACCGAAGGGGCCCUGCUUUGCGAUGACAUGGGUCUAGGCAAGACCAUUCAGGUGAUAGCAUUCCUCUCCGCUAUCAUGGCUCAAAACGGUACAUCGAGCGACGCUUUGCGCCGAACACGACAUAUUCGAGAGCACGACAAGCCCGACAAGCCCACGCAGCUCGGUCCGACUGCCUUGAUCAUUGUUCCCCUCAGUGUGAUCGAUAAUUGGGCGAGAGAGAUCACAACUUGGUCGUUCCUUUCGAUCGGAAUUUAUCGAGGCUCGGAACGCAAGCAAGCUUUGCAGGACUUCAAGAACGGAUACGCCGAUGUCCUGAUUGCUGGCCAGGAUACAGUCCGCAACGAGAUCGAAAGCUUUGCUGAUCUCGACUUGACUUGCAUCAUUCUGGAUGAGUGUCACACUGUCAAGAAUGCAGACGCCCAGAAAACGGUGGCAUAUCAUCAAUUCACAUGCCAGAUCAGGUUUGGCCUUACCGGCACAGCCAUGCAAAACCGCUUCAGUGAGCUACACACUAUUCUCGACUGGUGUCUGCCAACUCGCGUCGGUACGCCUGAACAGUGGAAGGUUCUCGUGACAGACCCGAUCCAAGCUGCGCAGAGCAAGACUGCAACUCCUGCAGAGCUUUCCGCCGGUCGUAUUCGUGCCCAGCAACUCGCGCACAACCUUCUGCCUCAUUACAUGCUUCGCCGGACCAAGGCCAUCAUCGCGGAUCAGCUGCCCAGCAAAGUCGAUAAGAUCAUAUUCUGUCCCAUGGCACCUCGUCAGCUCGAAGCGUAUCUUUGCGCACUCCGUUCGGACAAACUUCGCAAUGCUGCUAUCUCGCGUGAUCCUUGUGCGAUGUGUAACAGCGGCCUCGAGUUUAGGCAUUGCUGCUUGAAGGCAAUUGAUGCCGAUUGGUUUCACCACAUUCUGCCUGGCGUCCAGCUGCUCCUUAAGAUCGCCAAUCAUAUCGUACUCAUUCAUCCAGACCGUAGGUUGCGCAAGACCAAACCAGAGCGAUACGAGAAAGAAAGAGGUUGGUAUCUCACGGCGUUCCCGGGGACGGCUGCAGGGCAGAUCCCAGGUCCUGACUUCAUACAUACGACCGAUCGCAGCCUUUGCGGUAAAUGGGAGCCUGUAGCUCAGCUACUCUACCACUUCUCUAUGCAUGGCGAUAAGGUCUUAUUAUUCUCGCGCUCGAAGCGUUUACUCGAUGCUCUCGAAACUUGGAUUAACGAGGAUUAUCCCACCGCUUGGCUCCGUCUAGAUGGAUCGACACCUUCUCAAGAUCGCCUUGGACUUUGUGACGAGUUCAAUACGAGUGCUCGCAAGUUCGUUUUCCUCAUCUCGACCGCAGCUGGCGGUGUUGGCCUCAAUCUCGUCGGUGCGAACAAGGUUAUCAUCUUUGAUCCCAACUGGAAUCCGGCGCUUGACUUGCAAGCUCAAGACCGUGCCUUCAGAUGGGGCCAGAUACGCGAUGUAGAAGUCUUCCGACUCGUGGCUUCUGGAACGCUCGAGGAGGUUAUCUAUGCGCGACAGAUCUACAAGCAACAACAAACGAAUGUGGCCUAUACUGCAGCGAAUGAGCGGCGAUACUUUGCAGGCGUGCAAGAUUCGAGCAAAACGAGCGAACAAGGCGACCUUUUCGGCUGCAAGAAUCUCUUCGCGUUCAGAGGCGAUGAUAUCACAAUGACCGAGGCGUCGAUCGAAGACUGCAACAUGGAAGAACUAGAGUAUCUCUAUACAAAGGUAACGGCUGAUCAGGCGAAAGAUGACGAGGCUGCCGGCGCAUUUGCAGCCGGGCUGCGGAAGACUACAGACGAGGAUCCCCUCGCCCCGGCCUCUGCUGACGUGGGUCAAAUUGACAUUAUCCUCAACUCGGUCGGGAUCAACUAUACGCAUGCGCACAAUGCAAGUCGGGACGCUGUGAUUGGCGAGAGCAACAUCGAGCGCAAGAGGACCAGAGACGCCAUCAAGCAGGAGCUUCGCAGAGUGGGCGACGCUCGAUCGCGAACUGCAAGGCCAGCGAACUACCAAAGCGAGCCCCAGGAGGAGAGGCCAAUGCCGAAUCUGCCAGCGACACUGCAGCAAACGAGCAGUAGGCUGAGUGCAUCUGAAUGGGAGAUGCUCAUUGCGGCCGCGAACCACGCCGAUCCGCGCUCGUUCAAUGCCUGGAUCAAUUCACUCCCGAGAAAGAAGCAAGCAGAAACGUUCCAGGCUCUAUUGAGACAGGUCAAGCAUGCUUAG